UCUACAAACUAGGGCGUGACGGAAUGGUUGUCAAAAUUAUAGUAUAAGUUGUAUCAAUAAAUGUAAUAUAAAUUUCAGUGCAUCGUUUCGUAAAUAUUUGGGAAUGGCAUGCAAGAAGCCUUUGGGGCCUGGACCAGGAGCAUACCAACUACCAACAACAGUGGGGUUUAACAGUCAUGACCCAUCACGAUAUCGCAACCCGAUGUUCUCGUUCGGGACUAACGCAGGAUUCAGGGUGAAACAGCUGGGCCCAGGCCCCACUUACAGGAUAGACAGGGUCACGAGGGACGGUAUGGAGUCAUCGCCAGCUUGGAGUUUUGGUGCCAGGUUUGGGCAACGAUCUACCCUCCGAACUCCAGGUCCAGGGGCGCACGCACCAGAACGCUGUCCCCCCAUGAAGGAACCACGAGCUCCUGUCUACUCCAUGGGCGCCAGACUUGGCUUCAUGCUGAAGAAGCCUGGACCCGCACCCAAUGUAUACGCCCUGAGGCUUGGAAGUGGAACACCUGCGUAUACGAUGGGUGCUCGCGUGGGGUUCAAUCCAAAGUCUAAGUCUCCCGGACCUGCUAUCUACUUCCAACAUGAUACUGAUGUAUAUAAAACAAGGAUGCCCAUAUAUUCGUUGGGUGGUAGACUGCAAGGCGCAGGAAAGGCCACCAAAAGUCCAGGACCUGCCAACUACCCUCCGAACCUUUACAAUACCAAAAAGAAUCCAUAUUCUUACUCGUUUGGAACGAAACACGGUAAUUACGCACCGCCCAUGAUCAUCAGAGAAGACACAAUGGACUGCUUGUAACGUUAAAUAGUUUAAGUAUAACAAAAUUACACCAAUAUAUUGACUGCAUAUAACUUGUGAAUGUGGUACGCAGCAAAAUUAAACUCUGCAUGGAAUCAUUUCAAAACGACGCGACGUGACAAGUUUUUUAACGCGCGAUCAGGAGCAUGUUUUAGCGCGGGAAAGCUAGCGCGCGCAAUCUCUAGUUAAUAAAAUCACAUCAAUAUAUUGACUGCAUAUAACUUAUGAAUGUGGUAUGCAAUAAAACUCUACAUGGAAUUUAAAAGUGAAUGUAAA